GAACUCCCCCCUUUAUCAGGAACAGUGGCCUUGCUUCAACAUGGUGAAACUACCUUUGCUGAGCCCAGAGCCCUGACUGGAGCCCAAUCAAAUGUCUCUGUCCAACCUGACAGCUCGACAAGAUCUGGCAGGAAAUCUCCAAAUCCAGGUGAGUCCAACGCAAGAAGACUCGAGGCUGUAAUCACUGCCAAAGGUGCUUUAACUAAGUGCUGAGUAAUGUCUGAAUAUUACUACUACUACUAUUUCAUUUUUUCCUUUGUAAUGAUUUUGAAAAAUCAUUCUAAAGUUCUGUUUUUGCUUUGUGGUUAUGGGGAACUGAGUGUAGACAGAUGAGGGAAAAAUGAAUUCAAACAAUUUUAGCAGCCAUAAGGUAAGAUAAAGUGAAGGUGUGAACACUUUCUGAACUCACUGUUCAUCAUUCUUUCUCUUCGCAGUGAAACACAUAGGACUUACUGUUCAAAAGUUUAAAUCCCCAAUUAUAUGACCCCUAUUCUACCUUUAGAUUAGCAUUAGCACUGAAAUGUGACCUUAUUAAAUAAAAAAGUGACCUGAAAUCAGAAAUUAUUAUGAAAAUGAAACAGACUUCUGAAAAAGAAAUCCUAUAAAACUGCUGAGAACAUUUCAACCUAAUAAACAAAUUAUUGGUCCAUUUAUGUGUUUUGGCUGGAAAAUCUACUGUGGCUCUGAUUCUCUGUGUUGGUUUAUCUUCCGUUCUUUCUGCCUGUCUCCGAGAAAUUCCCUCACACAGACUCUUCACAAGCUGUUAAGAGUCUUUAUAUAAUAUUUAAGUCAGUGAAAUAGACGGAUGGAGAAACUCCAAGGCUCCCUGCUGGUAUUAGCAGGAAAAUGAGAGGAGGGAGAGAAACCAAGCGAACUGCCAGAGUUUAGUGGAUGAGAGGAAACAUUUGGUGACUGGAGAGGAUUAGAGGAUUACCGACACAGCUGACUGCACUUAGUCUCCACCAGCAUCAGCAUCGCCAAUCGUCUCCCCGUCUGUCUUUGUCGAGCGGUCAUGCGGCGAAGUCAGAGGACACGCAGAAGUUGAUGAUCCGGGAUGGAGGUGUUUGGAUUCCUCAUCAGCAGGAGAGGUUCAUCUACACUGACUGUGAACAACAGCAGAACUGAACUACGAGUCUUCAUUCGGCUUUCUACUCUUUAACUGCUCCACUGAUCGAGCUGUCCGCAGAGCAACAUGUGUCUCCUCCUCCCGGCCCUCCUCUGCCUUCUUUUUGCCUUUUAUUCACCCCCGUUCCUCUUCCCAUCCGUCGAGUGCUCACGUAAAUGUCCGCACCAGUGCGUUUGCUAUGAGCAGGCUGACCUGGUGGACUGUCGCGACCGUGGGUUUGAGCAUGUUCCCAGGGGCCUCCCACACGGGACGUGGCUGCUGGAGCUUGGGGGGAACAAUCUGAGCGAGAUUGGUACCAGAGCUUUCACUGGACUCUGGUCCCUGAGGGUGCUGGUAAUGACAAACAGCCAGAUACAAGAGAUACAACCACAGGCAUUUUUCUCUUUGUCCUUCCUGGAGAAGCUGGAUCUCAGUUGGAACCAGUUAACAUCUCUCCCUGCAGACUUCUCUGCCAGCCUGUCAGCUCUCAGGGAGCUUCGGCUGGAGCACAACAACUUACAUUAUAUAUCUGGAUACAGCUUGGAGUAUCUGGACAACAUGGAGAAGCUGGACCUCAGCUAUAACCGGCUGGCGUCAGUUGGCCCCGGUGUGUUCAGGGGCCUGUCCAGGCUCAGACAGCUCUACCUGCAUAACAACAGGCUGACUGUGGUGCAGCAGGGGAGCCUGGACAUGUUGCCUGGACUAGAGGUGCUCCAGCUGAGUAACAACAACAUCUCUCGGAUCGACAGCGACGCUCUGGCUCCUCUCUACAGCUUGACCGUUCUGGCUCUGGAGGGAAACAACCUGCAUCACCUCAAGUUUAAAACCUUCAUCAGUCUCCACACGACAGCCACACACAUCCAGCUGUCAGGUAACCCAUGGAGCUGCGACUGUGAGCUGCAUCGUGUCUUCAGUAAGAUCCUGCACGUUCGCCACCUCCACAUCGACGACUACAGGAACGUGACGUGCCAGGAGCCGCCGCAGCUGACCGGGGCCUCGCUGGCCUGGGUGGACAGCCAGCUCUGCGUGGCGGAGACCGCCACCGUGCUCGUCAUCACUGUCACUGUGCUGGUGACUGUGGUGGCAGCUUUGGUGAUGGCUGAGAGGAACAGGAAGAGGAACCACGGAAAGAACUGGGACACUGAGUCCCAGACUCAAACUCAGAGCCCACCGUCCUGAGAGCCUGUAUGAUAAACAGAGAGAGGUGGAGGAGGAGGAGGCCUGGCUUCUCUAGUGGCAAGUAAGCAUGCAGCUUACAGUUCAAGAUGGCUGUCACAAAUGGACGAUUACUUGAACGGACAAGUUCCCUUUUUCCUUUGAAAUUCAGGGAAUAGAACGUACUGCCUGGUACUGUCUGAAGGACUCUGUGUAGUUUGAGUUUUUGGUCAUGUUUUUACUUUACAGAAUAUUUUGAUAAUACUUUUAAAGCCCCUACGUGUAGAUUUUUUAAAGUGCCGUCUUAUGUGUUGUCUUCAGUCAUGGGAUUCACCAGUCAGAAAUUUUCAGAUUUCAAAGACAGGAGCUUUAGUAUAAUUCAAAGUGUAUUUUGAUGUGCAUAAAGCAUUAUCACUGCUUGUAAAUCAGUUUAGCCAAUCCUGUCAGGUUUAGUCGGUGCUUUCAAACAGCACAGAAAGAACAGUCAAUCAGUGUGAAUGAAGAAGACCAGUCUGAAUGCAAACAGAAAAAUGAAACAGAUAUAAAUCACACUCACACUGUCUUUUCAAAUAUUUACCAUGUACCCAAAGCAAACUGUCAGCUUUAAUAAGCGCCAGCUCCGGUUGUGCUGCUAUGCAGUUUGGGUGAUAAUUUAAAUGGAUAUUUCACCAGUUCAGAAUCCACAAGGUAGAGAAUGCUUGGGAGAAACAGACUGAUAAAACCAGAAGAACAGAGGACAGGAAACACAGACUUUGAGUCCCCAGGAUGGAACAAACUCCAAGAUCACUGGAUCCUUCCUACAUUUACCAUAAAGCAGCUCAGUUCAGUGUUUCCUUACACACCCUCCCUGCCUGGUAAACACCCUCAUAUUUCAAACUCCACAAAUCUAGUUUCUAACUCAGGCUCCUUGUAAAAGAUUUUUUUAGUCUCAAGCCUAAUCUGACAUCAUGA